AUGUCUAGCUCUUCUCUCAGCCCCAGCCCCUCUCAGGGUUCGGUACCGCCUCAAGUUCCCCCGGACUCGCCCGUAUCCGUGAUGCUGUUCAACGCUGCGGAGAUCAUUGGUCCCAUAGAAAUCGGAGUGAUAGUGUCGAUGCUGCUGUACGGGUGUGCACUGAUUCAGGCGUACGUCUAUUUCUCAAAGUUCAAGUCAGAUCCACUGUUCUUCAAACUUGUGGUUUUUGGGACGUUGGCUCUCGAACUUGGCCAUGGCGCCUGCGUGUCGAGCCUCCUGUGGACAGCGACUAUCUCUACGUAUGGCCAUCCACAGUCACUCGCCGUCUUCCCGUAUUCGGCGGACGUGACGAUCAUUAUCACCAUUCUCGUGCAGCUCCUUGUGCAGGGCUUCUUCAUCUACCGCCUUGCCAAGCUCUGCAAAACUUGGUACCUCCCGGUGCUCUGCGUCGCCCUGUGCAUCGGCGGUCAUGGCGUCGGGUUCUACGUCUCCGCGCGCGCCGUUGCGAUGACCUCCCUCGCCGAGUUCCGCUCCACGCAGAAGGUCGCAAUCCUCCUGUCGCUCAUCCUCGACGGCGUCCGCGACGUCGCCGUCACCGCUGGGCUGGUGUUCUAUCUGUGGCAGAUGCGGAGGCAGUCGUGGGGACGGUCUACGCGGUUCCCGGGUGAGAGGUUCGACAGUGUCCGACCCGAGUUUCAUAGGACGGUGAAUACACUGGAUCUGAUCGUGCUGUGGACGGUGGAGACCGGGUUGAUCACGACGGUUUGCGAUGCGCUUGUCGUCGUCUUCUUCUUGGUUAAAGGCGACACCUUCAUAUGGGUCGGCAUAUAUAUUGUCUUGGGGAACAUAUAUGCAAACUCGCUUCUGGCAGCACUCAAUAGUCGCCUAUUGUUCCGCUCUGAUUCAUAUCAGGGUAGAUCAUAUGAGCUCGAGCAGGUCGAUAGGCCAACUACGCAAAGGUCUAUGGUUGUCGUUCAUCGUGUUACCCAACAACACUACGACACGGAGAAGAUGGGCCCCGCGUAUGUUCGUCGAAGCGAUCUGUUUUCAGUUGGGGAUGACACGGGCGAUGACGGAAACGACAAGAACGUCUUCCAGCAUGUCUACUUCAUCAUCGCCAUUGGAUUGGCUCUGCUGUUGUUCGCAGCAAGAGUAUGGGUGCUCCGCCGCCGUAAUCGGCCCCUCACAGAAUUCUUUGCUGUGACGUCUGGCCCCUACUCUGCGCCCCGCGCCGCACCUUACAGUCCUGACUACGUCUACUCCUCGUACCGAAGUCCGCAGGGCGACUCCUUGACACCUAUCCCCCAGGCGUACAUGCCCCGGCGAGCCCGGGUUCGUGCAGCAGACAUCGAUGAGGGCGGACGACGGCUGGGAGGGCCAGACAUUGAUGACGUGGACUGGGAUGGGAAGGACGUGCUGCCUCCGUACGAUAACAAGGGACGACCUCCGGUGUACAUCGAAACGGUCCCUUCUCCUGCUGCACCUCCCCCGCCCGUCGGAGAGCAUCCUCAUUCCCGGCCCGGGGAUCCGGUCGAGGACCAGGAAAGAGAUGCACAGAGCGGUUCCAACCGUGAGCUCCCUGUCAUGGAGGAGGACUCGCAUCCAUCUACGCAGCCGUCUUCGACUAGCUAA